UACUACGACAUUUCGACUUCAGUGUAAUGCUGGCUUUCGGACAACAGUGGCGUGUCUGUGCGCAUAAUCCAAAUAAAAAUAAAAACUCGAUUAAGUAUUUUUAUGAAAGAAAAAUGCAAUUACCAAGUUAUUAAUUUUAAUCGUUUAGGAGCGUGAGUGCCAAAACAUUGGUGUUUAGGUGGUCGUAAGUUUAAUACUUAAUCUCAAUAAGGGAACAAAAGUAUAUUGUUAUAGGAUCGUACGACUAGAGCGAACUGCUCUUUUGAACUGCGCUUAACAGGAACGAAUGUAGCAAACACAAAAAUGACGGCACUUAACGCAGUCAACGUCGUGCUUGGGUGCAUUAUGGCACUCCUCAUCAUAUUGUUUACCAUCAGCUCUAUUGCCAGAUAUUAUAUCAAGUUUACAUUAUUUAUUGUUUUAUCGUUGAUAUUCGCUUCGGCACCGCUACCUUUAAUGUUGCUUAAGCGGUUUGACCCGAGGAAUGCAUUAAUACCAGCGGCACUUCUGCGGCUCACAGCGAGGUCCCUCGGCAUUCGGUGGACUGUUCGAGGGCUGGAGAACGUGGACAACUCGCGAGGAGCCGUCAUUCUUCUCAACCAUCAAAGUGGACUUGAUCUCUAUGUGCUGGCAGUGCUAUGGCCGUUGAUGGCAAGGUGCACAGUGGUGGCCAAGCGCUCGCUGCAGUACUUGGUGCCUUUUGGAACAGCUGCCUGGAUGUGGGGCACAGUGUUCAUAGACCGGGGCGCGAAGUCCGCGAGAGACGCCCUCAACAAGCAAGCGGAGGCGAUACAGACGCACAAGCGCAAACUGCUGCUAUUCCCUGAAGGCACCCGGCACUGCGGAGAUCGGUUGCUGCCAUUCAGGAAAGGCGCAUUCCACGUGGCGCUUGCUGCGAACGCGCCCAUCCAGCCCGUCGUGGUCUCCAAGUACCACUUCUUGGACUCCAAGAGACGCCGUUUUGGUUCAGGCGAAAUCAUAAUAACGAUAAUGCCGUUGAUCGAGACUGAGGGUGUGGACAAGGACGACAUCAGCGCACUGGUGGACAAGACGCAGAUGGACAUGCAAGAGAUGUUCUCCAAUACCUCCGCUGAGACGCUCGCGCGCCGCACCAAAUUCGCUGAGGCUGAAUGAGAUUUAUUAUUUUCAGGUAAAUCUAAACCGAAUCCGUAAAGAGCUGUGAUAGUCAUAAAUAGAAAAGUUUAUUGUUGGUGGUUAAAUACUUUAUUAUUGUACAAGUUUUGUAAAUAUUAUACAAAAAUGAAAUUGUAUUAAAAAUACACAAAAGGUUGUUUUUUCUUAAAUAAAAAAACAUUAACCCUGUGUGUUGUUUUUUUAUUAAAAGACUGCACAUAUGAAAAUAUGGAAAAAUAGUUCACAUUUCAUUGUUCUUGUCUCAAAUAACAUACACAAGUAAAAAAUUUAGGACUAAAAAUCACAUAAGAUACAUUUUUGGUGAUUAAAUACAGGGGGUUCAUUAAAAGCACUAUGACGUGUUUUAAUACUUAAUCUAAACUUACAGGUAUUUUAAAACGGAUUUUUCAUUUGAGAUCACGAAAUGUAAAUGUGUCUUUGUUAAAAUAUUCCUUUGUCUGUGUAUGUAUGCAGUGUGUAUUACCAUUUUAAUUUUCAUCAAGGUUUUGAAUGCUUGUUAAGAAGUUAAGUUCCUAAUUUAUGCAAUGUACUGUAGUAUUACUGUAUUUUACAGAUUAACUAUUCGAUUAAAGGGAGUGUGGUGAAUUAAGUACGACGUUGUGUAAAAAUUACCUAUAAGUAUUAGGCUGAGUAACAUUUUUUUAAAGUCGUGAUCUCGAAUAAAAAAUCCGACUGUCUACGAGCGAUUUAAAAACAAUGCAAAUACAAACGUGUAGGUUUUUGUGCAUUAGUUAUAUUUUACGAUGUAGCACUCAGGUUUUCAUUACUGUUUAGGUAAUGUAAGUUCAUAUUACUGUUAGGGCAGUAUAAAAAUAAAAGCUACCUUAUUUCAAGCCCUAUUUAUCACUUUUCUUGAGUUGGGCGUAUGUUGCGAUGCAGAAAAGACAUUGCGAUUUGUUUUCGGUAUGUUCAUGAGACAUUACAUUUUUCUACGGUAAUUUAUUGCUUUUAUUAUAGUAUCUCAAAGUCUGCCAUUAAAAUAAUGCUUUUCUGUUAUAAUCGUCAUUGAUAAUUAAAUUUCAUCCACAUCGCAGCUUACGCUUAGCCUUAUAUUAGAAAAAAACCAAAGAAAAAUGACAUGAGGUCGGCGGGAAUGGUAUUCUUUACGGCCGUCCCCACACGGCACAGUACACAGCAAAAUACACGUACCUAUAUUAUCUUUAUUCUUGUGCAAUUUCUAAGUGUGUUCAUCUUAUAAGAAAAUUGUGUUAGGAGGGAAUGUUCCUGGUAGUUAACUAAAAAAAGCUUGCAACAUCAACCCAAAUGACUUUUCUCCAACUGAUCUUGAACCUUGACUCGGAGACAGAGUUCAAAAUUCAGAGGACAAAACAUAAUAAGAAAUUGUAGGUUGACGCGCUUAUAAAACUGUAAAAAGGAACACUCUAAUAUU